GUUUUAGAGACCAUUUAGAACGGGUGUAGAUGUCUGGGGCGAAAGCGUGAAGUGAAACGGGAUUUUCAUGUCACCUCACGACCCAGCGCUGUGCUUUAUAAUGAAGGGGAAUGACUGGGUUCACUCCAGCGUAAAACACUAAAAUGAGAUUCUGCCGUGUGGAGGGUGUAUAUAAGUUAACGUUACUCGUCUAAACAGCAUUACUGUAUCUGUGAUAUACUGCAGACGAACCUUUUCGUAACGUCGACACGACAGCGCAAACAGUAAUUUGUCCCCUUGGACUUGGCUGUAGCUAUGCCAACGGCGUUUAUUUUCAACGGCUUGGCUACCUAGCAACGCUAGCUGGCUAGUGAAAGUGAAGGGUGUUCGCCGUCUUUCGCCGACUAGCUUAGCUUAGCUUUGCUCGUGGAGCCAGCAAUGAGUGUAGACUCGCUUAUAUUCUGCUAACAACACCCGCCAUUUUGUACAGCCAAUCUAGCAUUUGACAUCGUCAUAACAACGACUAGCUCUGUCGAGGCGAACAGAAACUAACAGUCUGUUCGACGUGUUGAUUCGGAUCCCCCGCUGGCUGGCUAUGCUUCGCGAGUCACCUCUACAGCGGCCCUCGAGCCAAUCACUUAGCAAGGCAGGUGGCUAUAAUGGCUACGGACACAUUAUAUCUAGCUACGUGGCAGAAUCUGCGAAAAGCCUGAUCUUGGAGCAGAUGCAAGCAGCAGAGCUCUUCACAUAUACUUGCAAUUUAAAGGAGACCUUUGUCUAUGUGGUUGGGAAGAUAGGCAACAUGCGUUAUCACAUUUUGAAAAUGUCAUGCUCUCUGAAUCUCACGUGGCUCUCAACCCCCAAACCCCUCCCGGCCUGUAACAGCCAGCGUUUCUCACCUCUCAGACACGUCCACAGGUACCCAUACACAUCUGCAGUUCUGGCCGUAUGUCUGUUGAUGGCUGGAGUGAGGGCAAUGGAUGGGCCCACAUAUGGGGUCAAACUGUGUGGUCGCGAGUUCAUCCGCGCAGUCAUCUUCACCUGUGGAGGCUCUCGCUGGAGGCGCUCCAUCACAAGUACAGAUGAUCUAACUCUGGACCCGUUUAGCACAGAAGACAGAGACGCUGCAGACGGCUGGGUGCUGCCAUCAGACCCGGAGGUGUCCAUCCAGCAGGCCGCCGAGGCCGCCUCUUUGGGACUGACCCGCAGCGGUCAGGAGGGUGCAAUGUUCAGCCGCCCUGCACGCUCCCUUAUCUCAGAGGAGGUGCUGGAAGCCCUGCGCACGUCCAGCAGAAAGGGCCGCGAUGUGGUGGUGGGACUUUCCAACGCCUGCUGCAAAUGGGGCUGCAGCAAGAGCGAGAUCAGCUCUCUAUGCUGAAAACUGCCUCGUCUGAGCCUGUGUGUGUGUGUGUGUGUGUGCGUAAACGUGCGUGUCUUCCUGUUUUUACUCAGAAUUUGAUUUUCUCUGCUGACACAGACACUUCAGGAUCACUGCUUUUGUGAACUCGUUUAGAUGGCACACACUCAUGUCUCGAAAUGGCUUUCAGUUGAUUAGUGUUCUUAUGCUUGUCACCAAACACAAAAUGUUCUAUUUCUCUAUUUUAAGUUUGUAAUAUAGUGAACUCUGGAAUAAAGACAUUGCUCAAUCAGUCUUUA